GCGAUAAACGAUGAUAAACGAUCGAGGCGCCUUUCCCAUGCAAUAAUGUGCGACCAGUUUAGAUCAUCACUAGAUUCAGGCCACUGUGGAAUAAGCAAGAACUUGAGAAGGAUUCUCUUCUAAAGGUCAAGAAACACAGACAAAAAAUGGGAUCGUUUGGUGGACAUGCAGUCCCUGGUGGAUUCUUUAUCAUUGUUGCUAUCUGGUGGAUCAUACAACUUGCAUACACCACCGCUGUACUGGACAACGGAAGGAAGCGUCCCCGGUCGCGCCUGAUGCAAUGUCUGCACCGAGCUCCAAUUGAAGCAGGCCUAAUCAUUUUCGGCGCCGUUGCCGGCAUCGUCGUCGAGAUGGCCUACUCCGAGCCUAUCCUAGUCCUCAUCGAUAAAAACGGUGAAUGGCAAAACGAUGUCGAGUGGGGUCACUGCUCCAUGUACUUGUAUUUCGGCCUCUACGGAUUCGUCAAAACUAUAGGAGCGACGUGUGUUCCUUCUGUAGCCAGGUAUGAACAAGCUUUCGGCGCUUUGGCGUACUCCGUGGAAGGGUUUCUCUUUUACUACCACACCCACGGCCGCAGUCCUCUGGAUAUCCACCUUCACAGCAUGCUUGUUUUUGCCAUCUUUGUCUGCUUCUUGUCAGCAGCCGGUGAGAUUUGGAACCCUGAUGAUAUCCUGAUCCGGCUGAUCCGGAUUCUGUUCACCCUUGUCCAAGGUACGUGGUUCUGGCACUUGGGAAUCGUUCUGUACAGGCCGCCAUCGGGAGAGGUAUGGGAUGGUGAAGACCACCUCAACAUCAUGUUCACUACGGCCUUUUUCACGUGGCAUAUUCUCAUCGGUAUGUUGGUUCUGUUCGUCAUCUAUUGCAGCACCAAACUGGUGUUGAAGUCCUGUGGGAUCUCGACUGUGCAGUACUCUGAGACGUGUAACGGUCGUGAGGAACUUGAGAUCAAGCUCUUAGGAAACACGUCAGACUGAGGAUAUAGGAAUAAUCAACAUCUUAUGGAUCUUUGAUCAUGAUGAUGAUGAUGAUGACGAUGAUAGUGAUGAUGAUGAUGUGUAACGGUCGUGAGGAACUUGCGGUCAAACUAUUAGGGAACAUAUAUCAGAAAUGUCAGACUGAGGAUAUAUGAAUGGGCCAACGUCAGCCCUGGGCCCGUUUCAUAAAGAGUUGCAACUGUUGUAACUUAAUUUGCCAUUAUGGCAACUACCAUGGCAACAGGGCACAGCAGCCAAUCAAAAUCAAGGUUACCAUGGUAGUUGCCAUAAUGGCAAAGUUACAAUAGUUGCAAAUCUUUAUGAAACGGGACCCAGUAUUGAUAUUAGGUAAAUAAUAAUAAUGAUAAUUCCAAUUACGACAAUGAUAAUGACAAUUAAAUAGUAUUAACAAAGAUAAUAUAAUUAAUGAUUUGCAUUGACAUGCACUUUUUUAUUUUUAUAUCUGAUAACCUCUAUUCUCUGAUUAUUCAUUCUGGAUUUUAAUGAUUAUCAUGAUCACGUUGUAUCCUAUUUAAAAUAAUGUAAUUUGUGUACAAUCCAGGCACCGGCUGUGAGAUACAAUUUAAAGUAUACCAUGAAUGAUGCGAUGAUGGUAAUAAUGAUAGUAAUAAUGUUAAAAAUAAAAUUAUUAAUAGUAAUAAUAACCAUGAUAACAGUAAUUUAGAUUUACAAUGUGCCAAAUACAAUCUAGAACAAUCAGAGAAAUAAGACAAUAAGAGAAAGAAGAAGAAAAAUUAUAUACGUCUGCAAUAAGAAAAUAAGAGACAAGGAUAAGUGAGACAAUUAAGGAAUAGAGUUACGUUAUACAUACAUUCCCGUGUUUAAAAAUCACAGGUUGAGAUAGUAAUUCAUUUCCGGAUUAACAAGGAACAGAACCUUUCAUGCCAGCGUGUUAUUCUGUGAAAAUUCGUCCAUAAAAUUAUUUUUUUUAAGUCAUGAAUUAUGUGCUCUGUAAUCUUUGAUAUUCGUACCAUAAUUCAUGUAACCCAAUAUAUUUACGCAGAUUUACGAGAAAUAUGCAUUGCCUUUCGGUGUUGGAAAGGAAGUUGGAAACCAAUUAAUACAAACCAGAUUUCCUCAAAAUUCCGAGCUGACGAUAAAUUAUUUCUUUUAAAAAAAUGAGAAAAUGAACAAAAAAUCCACCUUGUGGUCGGUCAGGUCAGCUAUUCAGUAGCUACCAACGAGUAUUUGAGCUUUUUCGGACUAUCAACAGUAGCUGUUCAGCCAAGAUGGAAAAGUUGAACCAUGUCGAGCUAAAUAUACAUGUAGAACGGUUGACGAGAACGCGAUUGAACUUUGGUCACUUGCUUUCUCUCUCGAUUUCAAUUUCAAAUAUAUAUAGCCUAUCCCAGGGGGGCAGGAUUUUCCAAACGGGGGGGGGGGGGGGACAGUUUUAUCUUUUACAAGCAAAAAAAGAGAGAGAGAGAGAGACAAAGGCGGAUUCAGGAUUUUCAAAAGGGAGCAUAUGUACAAGGGGUUUUUCUCUCCAGAAAAAAAGGGUUUUCAUUUCGCAUAUGCAUGACAUUUUCCACAAUUUUUUUUGUGGCUCUCAAAAGUUGGGGGGGGGGGGGGCACGGGUAGGAGGUGCCCCUGCCUGGGUCUGCCACUGGCCUAUCCCUUAACACUGCAAACAAACGUAGGUGUAAAUUUAACACCAGCCCGGUAUCUAUAUCGGAAAAUACAGGCAGAGAGGUGUUGAAACAACACCAGUUUAGAAUCAAACCGAUAUUGUUUUAACACUAUUGGUGUUGCUUUAAUGUCUAUCUGGUAUUAAACUAACGCCAAAACUGGUGUUGUUUCAACACUUCCCUGGUGUUUACCGAUAUAGAUACCAGGCUGGUGUUAAAUGAACACCGGCGUUUUUGUAGUGUAAAUUGAUCAAACUUAGACUAAAAUAUUCUGCAAGACUUGCAGAGCGCUACCAAAAAUAGCACACACCAUCUGUAUCCUGUCUCCAAUCAGGCAAGUAUAUACAUCAAUUCUAAAAUAUAGGUCUUGUGCAAUUAUGAAUCUUAAAAGUAUGCGAAACAUUUUCAGUUGCCAUUCAUAAUUUUGUAUGCUCUUGCUUUUAACAAUUAAUUUUGAUGUAUAUUUGCUAAAUGAAGAUCGAGAUUUUUAAUUGGAUCUAGGUUUUGAUAUAUAAUACUGUAAUUACGUUUUUGUUCAUUUGCUUUGUUUUAUUGUACAUGGAUUUUUGUAAAUUGACCCUUUCAGCAUGUGCUGCUGGUCAAUUUUCAUGUGAAUAUAUACCAAUAACUGACCUCUUUAUAAUUCGUAAAUAGAAUUGUAAAUGUGAACUUUGAAAUAGAUUAUUUGCUCACAUUUAUUGUACAAUAGAUGUAUCAACUCGAGGUGGGGCAAAUCCGGAUUUAGAAUAAAUUAUACAUCAAUAGCACUUCUGCUUUUGUUUCGUUUUACUAUUUGAGACAAGACAAUAGUCGCUUUAUUAGCAACAGUGUAGUUUUAAGAAUGGUUAAAUUCAUUUUACAUUAGCAGGCCUAUCCAAAACAUAUGAAUAAUAUAAAACUUUGGGGAUUAUUUUUUACUUCUAAAUUUACUCAAUAGAAAAUAAUAUUCGUAAAUUUAAUAUUUUCCUUCUGAUGAAGUAUAUUUUAAUUAUCGAUAUCAAAGAUUCGCGUUUGAAUUAUAGUCCUACUUACAAAUUACCUGAUAACGUUUCUUUUUUCUUUCAUGUAAAAUGUUUAACGGGUUUUGAUAAUUAUGUUGUGCUUAUCAUUGUGUAAUAUUUCUAUCUUAAAAAAAAAAGUAAAUUGUGAGCAUUAUCAUCAGCCACUACAUGGCUGCAAGAUACAAUUUGAAAAGAAUUAAUGACGACGAUCACACAAUACAUUGAUUAUCGUGUUGAUCACGUGAUGGCAACAUGAUUGCCUUGUCAUGACAUCGUGUGCAAGAAGCAUUCCUUUUGUUUAAUGUCACAUUCACCCCAACAGCAAGUUUAUUUGGAUGAAAUAGAGAGAAAUCGUUCAAUCGUAGCUAUGAAAAUUUCAUCAAUAUCGGAGGUAACAUGAAAAUGGCAUGUUCAAUUAAAUUAAAUUCAAUUUAUUUUCAUUCUUCAACAUUAUACAAAUAAAUACAAGAUAAAUUAUUUCAAUUUAAAUGAAAGCAUGAACAAAAUUUAACAUUGAAUAAAUGAUAUACAUAGUCAAUAAGUGAUCGAAUAUAAAUUAACAUGAAUGUAAAAUUUAAAUCAAUAUAAUCAAUAUAAUUAAAUCAAUAUAAUUAUAUGUUCGCUUAUUGCAAAACGCGUGUACACACUGUUCUAUUUGGAAACAAGGGAGUUAAUGACGUCACACUCUCACAACGUCUUGGACAUUUUACUAUGUAAAUUCAAAUUCAAAAUCAAAUAGGCCUAUUUAACUUUUAAAUAUUUCACGUUUCACUGUACAUUAUUGGAUGAAAUGGAAACGUUUGGCUUUUCAAAUGUUAGAAUACAAACUAUAGCAUCAUCGAUUUAUUCAUUCGCUUACCGCCAGUGAUGUGUGUAUUAUUAUUUCGUGAAAAAAAAGAAACAUUUGAAAUAAUUUCUUAUUUACAGCCAAUUUUGAUGAAAUUUCCAUUGUGCUAUUUUUGCGUGUCAGUCUCAUUUUUGCCGAUAGAUUGACUUCAACUUUUAAAGGCAACAACAAAAAAAUAAUUUAUAUCAAACGAAGGUUUAAUAAUAAAAAGAACACUUAUUGCCUUAUUCAAUAUUGGCCAACAAGGGGAAUUACUAAUGAUAAACGAGAAGGGUGACAAAUAGAAUUCUAAAUUGAAAAUGUAUACGUAUACGUAUUCUCACACAUGUUUAUUCAAGUUUCAGAGUACAAACGUACAACAGAGGGAAUGUUUAAAACUAUUAAAAUGAUUAACAGAGGUUUUUAUAUUCUUUCUUUAGAUGGUUUAUAGAAUAACGCGCAUCGGAACUGAGUACAUUUAUAAAAUAUGGUAUUCUUAAAAAAAAAUAGUGUAGGAGAAUGCUAUUAUACAGAAUUAGUGUUUAAGGAGGUAAUAAGCAUUUUAGAACGCAUGAAUGUAAAUUUAGUAUUAAUAAUUUUAUUGAUGACAUAAACAUUUUUAGACAAUAUAACUUUUUGUCCUAAACAAAUAUUGAGAAAUCAUAUUAAAUCUGCAGAAUUUGUUAGAAUGCUCCAUGCAGGGAGUGGAGAAUGUACAUAACAUUGUGUGCUAACAAGCAAGAAUCUGAAGACUGUGGAAAUAAUAUUGUAUAAUGCUUAGAGAUGCUCCGAUGUACACUCUGUAAACAAAUCAGUCGAAAUUACCAAUUAGUCGGGUCAGCUGGAUGCAACUGUUAUUAUAGUCAUAUUUGACUAUUUUCUAUAUAGUCGUAUUUUACUAGAACAGAGUUACUUCCGACUAGAAUAUGCGACAGAAAUGUGACUAGACAUAUCAGUUGCACCCAGCUGACUACUAGUCAAUUUGACUGAUUUGUAUUACAUGUUUUAAGAGUGUAUGAAACACGAGAUCAAAGGAGAUAUUAUUCAUUACUUAUUGUUAUAAUUCUAAUUACCAUCAAUAAUUAAUUUUAAACUGUUGAUUAUCUUUUUUAUGACGUUUGAAAUUUAAACUGUAAUAUACUGUAUAUAGAUCUGAUAUAGAGUAGUAUUUUUUGGAAAUCAAAUUGUUUUAUGAAUUGCCUUUGACUAAAAUUAUUGAAAUAAUUGUAAUAAACCUUAUUGUCUUUCA